AGAGAAAGAGAGAGAGAGAAAAAAAAAGAAAGAAGCGUCGUUUGAUCGAAGGUGUAACGGUCAGAGUCUUGACAGGUUCUUCUCCUCCCCAGUCGAGUCAGUAAUCUCUCCAAGCUUUUUCUUUUCAAGAUGAACAGAAUCAUCCUCCAGCUUUUUGCAGUCGGAUUCUGCUUUGCACUCGGCCAAGCUCUGCAGUGCUACAAAUGCAUCGGCGUGUGGGACUUGUGUGUAACCACUAAAACCACAUGUGAAAGUGGAGAACACUGCUACAGUGGCACUGGGAUGGCAGCCGGCGUGGUGGACAUCAAGAGGAAGGGCUGUCUAGCCGUGGGCAAAUGCAACAGUACCUCGGAUACGACCAUCCCCGGCAGCGACAACACCACCGUCUACUCCAUGACCAAGACGUGCUGCUCCACCGACCUGUGCAACGCCGCGCCCGGUCUGCCCGGGGGCUCCGGGGUCAGCCUGGCCUUUGCCACCGUCACCGCUCUGCUCGUCGCCAACGUCCUGGUUUGACGGAAGAAUGCGGAAAGUGAUGGAUGACAUACAAAUGCAUACACUCAAAUUAGGGACACACACAUAAAAUAUUGCGCACACACACACACACACACACACACACACACACACACACACACACACACACACACACACACACACACACACACACACACACACACACACACACACACACACACACACACACACACACACACACACACACACACACACACACACACACACACACACACACACACACGAGCACUACCAGGAUUAAAUUAAAUGCCCUCAGACGUGAGCUCUGUUUUUUCUUCUCCACCCGGGCCUUGUGCUUUAUUAUCCUUCAGGUGUAAUGUACUUUUUUUCCAUCUUUUUUUUUUUCAUUUCACAUUUCAAGUGUUUAUGUAAAUUAAAAUUAAAUUCCUUGCUUUCUUUUUUUUUUUUGUAUCUUUAAAUGCACCAGCGCUCAUUUCUCUAUAAGAGAUAUUAAAAAUGUUUAGUGGCUAGACAAUUUAAAGCCUUAUAUGAAUGUGUUACACUUUGAUGAUUUGUGCCCCGUUAUUUACUUUCUCUUCUUGGGAUGAGCCAGUUUGUGCCGUCGUCGUAGCUUAAAGGAAUAGUUGGCCAUUUCUUUUGGACCACAUUGAACCACUCUCCAUGUCUGCGUGGUAAACGUGAAAAUGCGUCCGGGAGUCUUUAGCUUAGCUUAGCAUAAAGAGGGGAAAUGGAGGGGGAAGAGCGGCUGGCUAAGUCCACUUUUUCUUUUUAAAUAUAUCUCUGAAAGCAGAGAGGAGUAAGUGAAUUUAACAAAUUGUCAAACAAUUUUUCUCAAUUUAUUGCAUUCGACCAACUGCAUUGUCAUCUCAGAGUCCUUACAUUUAAAUGCCAAUAUUAGAUUAGAUUCAACUUUAUGACAGAGUACAAGUACAGAACCAAUGAAAUGGUAAUAUACUAUAUAUAUAUAUAUACUGUAUAUUUUCAAAUCUUCAAUAAACAUUUCUAUUUCUAUUCAUUUCAUUUAUUUCUAGUUUGUGUUCUCUUGAGAAAAGUGUAGCUAACAUACAAGCUCUCUUGGCUUUUCUCUGGUAAAACAACUGAUUUUCUUCUUCAUUUUUUAAUCCAACGGUUACAAUAAUUAUGUUUUUAACCGGUUGUAUUUUUAGAUGUUGGUUUCAAAUCUCCACUGCACAUUACUCAUACGAUGUAGGGUACAUGCUUUUGUUCAUCCUGUUUAGUUUUGAAUGUAUAUAGGCCUAUGGGGAGACUGUUUUAAGUCGGUCAUACUGUGUUUGAAGACACUGAAUAAAAUUUAAAUAAUUUAGAUCACACCAAUUGGAAAUUUGUCGAUGCUGGUGAUUGUCUGUAUUUGAUAUUUGCUUGGAUUUCAGCAUUAAUUACAAAUCAUUAAAGAUUGAUUACUCCCUCCUGA